CUUUGGAUGCUCCUGCUGUUGUUUUAUUCAAAUGGACCGUUAACGCUGCAAGAGAAUUAAUUUGUUUAAGACGUGAUAAUCAUGAUGAUUUUGAGUUCAUUCCUAAUAACUGCCAUGAAAGAAUAUGGAGAACCAUAUCCAAUCAAUUGUUUAUUAAUAAAGAGUUCGCUGCUUCUUUCUCUCAAU